CGAGAAUGAUUUCACAGCUGUUUCCGGUGUAAUUUAAACAUGGCGACUUACUUUGGAGAAGUAUUGCCAGUCAGCUCACGCGCUGUAGAUUUGGAUGACGAUGAAGAUGAAAAUGACGACGAAUUACCACAGACUUUACCUUCGCCUGUUCUUCAAUGGUCAGUUCAUGUUCAAGAAGAAUUGAAUCAUUCAAAAGACAAAAAAUUAUCUUGUUCUAAAUUUCUCUUGGCAUAUGGAAUAGAAGCCAAUGCAUUUGCAGAUAUAUACUUAAUAAAACAGUCGAGUUUUGAACAAAUUGGCAGCAUAUUUACAAGUUCUGAGGCAGUGGAUGAAGCGGCGGGUGCCAAGGAUUCCAGACGAAACAAAACUUGUUCUAUUUUCAGAGAUUCGAAUGAUUCAUCUGCUCUGCUUUGCAUGUGUAAGAGAGAUGUUUUACCAGAGGAAAGCUACACCUGGACAAAACUGAUUCUUGAUAACAUCGACCUAUCCCAUGCUGUCAUCACUGUCCUGACAUCCUGCAGUACUGGAAACUACAGCAGUGAAAUUCCCCAGUCUCAGCUGCAGACGCCUUUCCUUCGAUGCCUCAAGACCACAGAGUACACAGCACCAGCAGUUUGUCCAGCCUUAGAACAACCAAAUAUGUUGACAGGUUUCCCAGCCAUGCUGAUGACAUUUUUCCAAGUUCAGAAAUAUAAAGCUAUAAUAUUUGUUUGCUACAAGGAGAACAGAUUUAUAGAAGUUGCAAAUGUGAAAUCAUUUCUGAAAGCAGCAUUGCCCUUCACAAUAAGAACUAACCAGAAUACAGAGACAAUGCUUGUUGAUUUAACAGAGAAACAUGCUAUUCAUGAUAUGAUUUAUAUGUAAAUAUACACACAUGUUACUGUUGCAACUCCUUAUUGUUUUUGAAAAAUAUGUUCUGAAUAAAUGCAUUUAAUACACUC